GCAUCUCUUCUCCUCAGCUUCACUUCAUUGAAUCAUCUGCUGCAUCUGUCACCAUGAGGACCCUGGCUGCUCUUCUGGCUCUGGUGCUGGUCAUCUCAGUUAGUGCCCAGUAUGCACCAACUACCCAAAGCUGUUGUGAAAAAUACACACCUCAUGUGGUUCCUGCAGACAGGGUGGAGUCUUACUUCAAAACCAGCAGCAGCUGCUACCUCAACGCUAUUGUGCUUAAAACAGUGGCAGAUAAGGAGUUCUGUGUGAAGCCUGAGCUGACAUGGGUUCAGAGGAUCGUCACCAAGUUGGACAGUCUGUGAAUUAAUCCUCAGCCCCACCUGGAUUCUCCUGAUUUACUCAACUAAUUUAAGCUACUUCAAUCUCAUGUUUUAGUUUGUUUAAAAAAACAAAAAAACGGUGUUGUGUUACUGUGACAAUUGCCUGGAAA